CACAGGUACAUGAGAAAAGGAUCUUAAAUUUGACAUCCUAGUUCUGAAGUCUAAACAACAGAAUGGAAAAUAAAUCUAGAGUCAAUGAAUUCCUUCUGCAUGGAUUCCCUGACACCGAGCAGCUACGGAUAGUUCACAUCAUUGUUUUUUUAACAAUUUAUUUGAUAGCCCUCACUGAAAAUCUCAUCAUCAUCAUUGUCAUUGUUUAUAGCCAUCAGCUCCAUUCACCUAUGUAUUUUUUUAUAGCCAAUUUAUCUUUACAAGAUCUUGGCUCCAUCUCUGUCACAGUUCCCAAGUCCAUGAUGAAUUCCUUGGUGAACACAGAAGCCAUUUCUUACUCUGGAUGUCUCUGCCAAGUUUUCUUCCUUGUUUUCUUCAUGAUGUCUCAUUUCUUUCUCCUGGGUGUCAUGGCCUAUGAUCGUUAUGUCGCCAUCUGCAAGCCACUGCAUUAUGAGACUGUACUAAGCAAAAAAGCUUGCAUCCAAAUGGCAACCAGUGCAUGGAUGGUUGGCUUUUUCUAUGCAAUACUUUAUACAGGAAACUUGUUUAUGGUGAAGUUCUGUUCCAGAAUCAUCAAUCAGUUCUUCUGUGAAAUUCCUCAGUUGCUUAAGAUCUCUUGCUCUGACUUUCCUGUUGCAGAAGAAUGGGCAGUCCUUUUUGGUUGUCUUUUAGCUUUUCUCUAUUUUGCUCUAAUUGCUUUAUCUUAUGUUAUGAUCUUCAGAGCAGUGUUGAGAAUCCCAUCCACCCAGGGGAAAGAAAAAGCCUUCUCUACCUGUUUACCUCAUCUCAUAGUCAUUUGCUUAUUUUUGAUAAGUGGUUCCUUCGCAUACCUGAGACCCACAUCCAGCUCUCCAUCAGCAUCAGACAUCCUAAUUUCAACAUUUUACUGUGUGGUGCCACCAAUCAUGAAUCCAUUGAUCUACAGCAUGAGAAACAAGGAACUCAAAGUGGCAUUCUGGAAGCUAAUCCUCAAUAUUUCUUCUAACACCUUAUCCAAAAUUUCUUAUUUUUGUGUGCCUUAAUAAAUGCUUUAACAUGUUUGGCUUUUUUGUGGCAUAUUGAUGAAUUAUACAUAUACAAGACCAUCUUGUCCUAUGAAUACCAACUGAUAAAUUAAAGGAAAUUUAUUCUAUAGGUUAGGCUUCCUCCUUGUUAAAUUGAUAAAAUUACUAUACAUUAAUGUUGUCUUGUUUGUUUGUUUGUUUGUUUGCUUAAAACAUUCUUAUACAACACUGAGCAGUUUAUAAUUAAGAAGUGUUAAUCUACUUUAAGAUUAUAAUUGUCACAAACUAAUAUCUAGGAUUAAAUCUCUAUGAUACAACAUAAACAUAUACAGCCGAAUGCUAACUGUAGUGUUAUAUUUCAUACACAUUUUCUUCUAAAGGAGUAAGAAGUCCAUCCAUUAUUAUUGAUAUUACUUAUGUUUUGUUGCAAAUGCAGUACAAAUGUAUUGCAAAUAUGUAUCAAAUAAUGCUCCUGACUUCAUGUACACACA